UAUCCUAGUAGAACUGCUGUCGUAAAUCAUGGAGAACUUGUCGCCAGAAGGUCGGGCAGCAAUUCAAGAUGCUUUCGAAGCAUUGCGUGAAACAGUGAGCAAGCAACUGGAUAACGAGAUCGAGCAGAGGCUUAAGGAGGGCGAUCGAUCACGCGAAUUUCUCACAGAAGAGCUUGAAAUAUUGAGAUCUCGCUCUAACGAAGUUGAUCGGUUGGAGGAGGAAAACCGAAAGCUUAGGACGAAACUCCUCCAAAUCCAUCAGCAAAAUCGAUCCGUCGAGUCAUCUCGAGGGAGCCCUCGGCCGAGUUAUGUGACCAGCGACCAAGCCACCAACACAGACAUUGCGUCUGCAGAGGCUUCUGGAAGUGGAGGCGAUCUAGAGAAUGUUCUAAGGGAGAGCCACAAGCUACGCCGGAAAUACACUGCUCUGGAUCAGAACUUCAGAAUCCUGAAAGCAGAGUUCAACAAGAGAAGGGACGAGAGGAAGGAGGAGAUCAAGAGAUGGGAAGACUAUGCGACAGAAUUGGAGGCCAAGAUCAGCUUUCUGGAGCAACGUGAUGAUGGCACUGAUGCCGCGGCGUACACAACAGAAGCCCUUCCAGAACAAAGUAGGCCGCGCGCUCACUUGACUUCGAGGUUGACGCUUGAUCCCGAAAUUGGUAUCUUAACGACACCCAGCAACUCGGGGGCCUUGCGACAAUCUUCUGCCGACAGAGCCCCCGUACAGUCAGAUGGUGUAGAGACGCAGGAUCUGCCUGCCUCAGACUCGACGGAGGGAGAGACGACUGAGGGCAGUAAGGAGGCCGAUGCUGUCACUCUUCCGCCGUUGAGACAGACCGCCAAAACGGAUUCAGACAUUCGCAUCAAACCAGAGCCCUCCUCCGACGGUCCUGUUGUCGUCUCCGAGCGCCUUGUGGGCAAGAGAAAGCACGCUGAUUCCUCCUUGCAACAACAAGGACGACGCAGGAUAAAGAUAGAGAGCUCGAAUCUUGCUACGGACCCUGCGACCAGCCAGCUUCAGCAAGAAAGUAUGGAUCUAGAUGAGGUCGGUCAGAGACUAAGCACGCCACGGAAGAAUAGGUUAUUGGCCGAUGCCCUGGCCACGCCUGGUCAACUUGACAUGGAGAGAGCUCAGACGGCCGCACCUGUCUUUGUCAGGCCGGACGACACCAACACCCCCACAGCCAGGAUAUCCAAUUCAACAGCAGUGCUGACACCGGUCAAUCCUAACGCUCGUCCGGUGCGCCCGUAUGAGUUCAACACCGCGGAGAAGCCAACAAGGAAAGGACUCGCCCAAGGCAUAAGAAGUCUAGCCGAGGACGGAGUUGUUUAUGAUAAAACAGGUCGUGGAGAGCCGGCAGGGCUUUUCCGCACUCCGCAACCUCCCGGUCGCUUGAGCACGCUGUUAAAUGCACCGUCUCCUGAGCAGGCUCCUGCCAUAGUACGAUCAGCACCUCGUCUCCGGGAUACAGGGCGAAUGGCGGAGGAGGGACCUCAAUUCCCUGAGCGUCGGGAAUUGCCAUUCAAUAAGGAGCGCCGGGAGAAGUUUUCGAUAGGAGCCCCCGUCAAUCGAAGGGAGCACGAAGAGAACACGGAGCCUGCCACAACCCGCGGGCAGUCCCGAAAUCGUGCGACGGUUGGGGCACAGCUGUCAUCCCAGAAGGGGUCACUAAGAUCAAAGCCCGCCUCAUCUCUGCGGCUCGAGGACUUCAAGGUCAACCCGAAGUUCAACGGCGGUUCCGACUAUGCAUUCUCAGAGGUGGUCAGGAACAGAGACGACAGAGCCUGCUUGCCUGGCUGUACAGACAUGAAUUGCUGUGGUCCACAAUUCCGCGCCAUGGCUUUAGCCCAGAAGAACAACGUCGAGCGAACUCCGGCAGCAGACACCAAAUUGUUUGAGGAUUAUCUCGGUGACAGAAUCACCAUCAUUUUGGGGAUGUCCAAGGUGGAGAAAGAAGACUUGUGGAUAGAGGCCAAAACAUGGCAGCUUGCGAAUGAGUUGGGCAAACAUCGUCACAGUUAUGCUCGAAGGCCAUCUCCUCCGGGAUUCUGGAACGCGGAUUUCCCUACUACGCAGGAGGAUGAGGCUGAGAGGGCAGAAGGCGAGAAGAGGGAGAAGCAGAUGGUCCAAGAACGGUACCGGGAAGCGAUGAGAGGAGGAGGACGCUGGAUUUUCAAGGAUGAGUGAGGUAGCUGUCGAAGACGGGCUCUUAGCGAGGUGCAUAGGAGCGUUUUGGUUCCAACAGCAGAUAUUGAUGGUCUAGGUAUAGACUGGGUUGUCGUAGCAAGACUUCCAACUAGAUAGAGUCAAGGCCGAGCUGGCAUGCGCUUCAUAUUGAGGGGUGAGUGACUAGGAUUCUGCAGGCCCCAAUACCAGUAAGAAGUCGCAAAGCUUUUGUGCAGACUCGAGCUAUGGAUCACUCAAAGGCCGCAAAGCCCUCGAGUUCCGUCCUGGCACGGAAGAGUGAAUGCUGUCUUAGCGAGACGAGGUCUUGACUUAGCACAGUGCUACGGGGCACGCUGGAGCUUGUUGCAAUAUCCGUGAGCAGAAUGCCAGAAAUAU